AUGUCUGUCGAAAUUGAGAUAAGUGACCUCGGUUUCCGCCGGCCUUUCGAUCGUGAAGUCACUGAGACGCUGCGUCUUCGCAAUGCUAACAGCGAUCCGGUGGCAUUCAAGGUGAAAACGACCGCUCCCAAGCACUACUGUGUCCGGCCGAACUCGGGUCGUAUUGAACCGGGCAGAUAUGUUGAAGUUCAAGUUCUCCUCCAGGCGAUGAAGGAAGACCCUCCUGCCGAUGCCAAGUGCAAGGAUAAGUUCCUGGUUCAAUCAGUUGCCAUCACCGGAGACCUGGAGUUUUCAAACGUUACGUCGAUCUUUGAGAAAGCCCCCAAAUCGUCGGUACAAGAGCGGAAGAUUCGUGUGACCUGGUUACCUGCAAAAGGUUCCGAUGGUGUGACCUCCACUGAGGAAGAACCACCGGCAUACUCGUCGCAUGGCGGUGACUUUGAAACCCCUGCACAAUUCGCUUCAAAGUCCGUCUCUAGCACUUCUCCCAUUGCACAACCCAGCUUCGAGAAAGCCAAGUCAGAAUCUCCAGCAGAGUCGACAAAAGCCGCCACACCGUCCACAGGCCAAGACGUCAAGUCAACUCCUACAAACAUCGCUUCAUCCUCUUCUAUCAACUACGAAGGACAACUGUCAGAUGCACAGGCUGAAAUUCGACGACUCAAAGAUGAACUUGCAUCCGGUUUGCGUCAACGGAAGACAGACAAGGGAUCGACUGCGCAGGGGUCAGCGCCUCUACUGCAGCAGCAACACCCUCAAGCAGCUUCGGAGGCAGGAGUCCCAGUUCAGAUUGUGGCAGCACUCUGUUUGCUGAGUUUCCUGCUUGCCUACUUCCUGUUCUGA